GAUAAAUUUUUGAUGAAAAUUGUUGAUUAAUAUGGACCUUAAAAAUGGACUUUUAUAGCCGAACAUGUACCGGGAAGAAUAGGGAAAUAAUGCAGGGAAAGAUGGCAUAAUCAUUUAAAUCCGAAAAUAAAUAAAGAAUAGUGGAGUUAGGAUGAAGAGUGGAUUUUAUAUUUAUCUCAUAGGCUAAAAGGUAAUAAAUGGUCAGAGAUUACAAGGUUUUUGCCAGGGAGAACUGAUAAUGCGAUAAAAAAUCAUUGGAAUUCAUCAAUGAAAAAGAGGGUUCCAGAGCUUUAUUAGAAGUAUUUGUUUUAUAGGACUCAUAACUAUAUGGAGAUUGAAGCUAGUUUGGGAAUAUAUAGGAAUUUUGAAGAGGAGAUUAUUUAACUUUUGGUUAAUGGGAAUGAUAAUGGGGAGGAAUUUUAUUUCGUAUAAAGUUCAAGGAGAAAAAGGAAAAAUAAAAUAGGAAAUUUCGGAGAUUUAUUUGAAAAAAUUCCAAAAAAAAUUAACUUUUAGAAAAUUUUAAAAAAUUGUUUUAGAAAAAGGGAAAGGAAAUGA